UAGUUUCUGGCCAUGCGUACUUCAGACAUUUAAGAUCGGAAACAUAAAUCGGCUGCACAUGCUCCUAACGAUCUUUCAAAAAAAACAGCCGGAAAGUUGCUACGCGCUUUUUCUUGGUUUGGAUUAGGUUAUGCGGACCGCUCGACGCGGGAGUUUCGAGCUCGCCCACCCAUUAGCCCAUAGACGGUGAAAUGGCGUUAGGUUGGACUCCAUGUGCCUUAGAUUUGUUGACAUGUCCAACUUUCAUGGAGUGCUCGACUUGAGCUUUUCGCACUGACUGCGAAUGGCAAGCGUUGGCUCAUCGAUGAAUGAUAAGCCUCUAUAAUGAGAGUCAGCUGAGCAAUGAACAGCGGGCAGUGCGAUUGAUGAGCAAUGGGCAGCCUGUGUGGGAAGUUUCGAGCAGUUCGCGCUUAUCGGUCUUGUGAGCGAGAGCUUUUUGCUAAAUACCCCGCAGACUGGCAUAGCACAGUUGGUAUCACGGACGUCAGUAACGAGCGGUUGGCCGACGCAUUGGGUGCAUUGUGGAGCGAACAGCAACAUCAUGGAACAGCAGCGCAAUUCACCGCUCUAUUCUAAUUACGAGGACUUGCGCGCUUCGGAGCUACCCACUAGCUCCAGCGCCCAUAUGGUGAACAUAGCGUCGGCUCAACAGCCACCGGAGCCGGAAAGUGUGCACACGAAUUUCAAGCGUAAUCCCGUGCCGGAGUAUCGCGGAUUCAAGACAUCGGAAAACGAGCCGCUCGGCUGCAUGGAAUGGAUUGUCACUCUGCUCUCAUUGCUGGUGUUUAUUAUCACGUGCCCCAUUUCCGUGUUCAUAUGCAUUAAGGUCGUGGCCGAGUACGAGCGUGCCAUUAUCUUUCGGUUGGGACGCUUGAGCGGCGGUCCUCGUGGUCCGGGCAUGUUCUUCAUAUUGCCCUGCAUCGAUCAGUAUCGGAAGGUGGAUCUGCGCACGGUGACAUUCAAUGUGCCGCAGCAGGAGAUGCUAACGAAGGACUCGGUGACGGUGACCGUGGACGCGGUUGUCUACUAUCGCAUUUGUGAUCCAUUGUAUGCGAUCGUGCGCGUGGAGGACUACAGCACAUCGACACGCCUCCUGGCAGCCACCACGUUGCGCAACAUUGUGGGCACACGUAAUCUCACCGAGCUGCUAACCGAGCGCGAGACACUUGCCCACAACAUGCAGUUAACUCUGGACGAUGCCACCGAACCCUGGGGCGUAAUGGUUGAGCGUGUCGAAAUCAAGGAUGUCUCGCUGCCCACGUCCAUGCAGCGUGCAAUGGCCGCCGAAGCGGAAGCCUCACGCGAUGCCCGCGCCAAGGUGAUUGCAGCCGAGGGCGAAAAGAAGUCAGCCACUGCCCUCAAAGAGGCCUCCGAUGUGAUCUCCUCCAGUCCAUCCGCCUUACAGCUACGCUAUCUGCAAACGCUGAGCAGCAUUUCGGCGGAGAAGAACUCAACGAUUGUAUUCCCCUUGCCCAUGGAGCUGCUCACCCCGUAUCUGGCCAAGUAUAUGCAGCUGCCUCCGCCGCAGCUGCCGUCAGAUCUGUCAAAGGAACAACAAGCCUCGUAUCCUCAAACAAUCCUCUAAGCUAUCCACACAAUUAUCUAUAGCUAUACUAUCUGUAUUCAUAUAUCUGCAUGCAGCUCAAAUAUGUCUAUAUAUGAAUUGUAUAAUACACACUUAUUUUGCCCAGUAA